ACUUCGUUGUCACGCUUUCAAAGCUUUUAGUUUCUGCUUUGUUCUUCUCUUUGAUUUGACAUUAAUUUAUUUGUUUUUAAAACUCUUAAAAAGGUUUCAUGCUUACUUAAGAGGCUUCUGGUUAAAGCAAAACGGCUCUCCCUUCAUAGAGAUUGAUGAUUGAUUGAGAGAGAGAGAGAGAGAGAGAGAGUGUGUUUUUGUUUUUUCACAAAAUGGCGGAAGUGAAAAAACCGAACACGUGGCGGGAGGAGGCGGCGAGUUUACUGGAAGACACGGGGAUAAUAUACACCGGGGAAACCAUCGGUUUCUCGUCGUUACCGCCGUUCAAAACAGCGAAAUCGACAGCGGCGGCGGCGGUUGUUGAGAGUGAUCAUGAAACGGAACCGCCGGAGAGUUUGAAGGAACAGAUGACGGAAUUUUUGAAAUCGUGGUGUGAGAUGCUACUAGAACUUGGAAGAGGAUGCAGAGAUAUUUUGCUGCAAACGGUAGUUACUGAAGAUUCGUUUAUAGUUCAGAAGCUUGGUGGACCCGUUGCCAAGGUCUCCGGUCGAUUGAGAUUCUUGAAUGAGUUCUUGCCUGAGGAUCGUGAUCCAGUUCAUGCUUGGCCUGUUAUUUUCUUCGUUUCCAUUCUUGCACUUUCAGCUCUGACUUUAAAUGGUGGACAUGAUGGAUUGGUAACGCCAGCGAAAAAAAUGCGUGUUCAUCCUCCUAGUGCGAGUCGCAUUCAACUUCCAGAUGGCAGACACUUGGCUUAUCGUGAUACUGGAGUUGCAGCAGAUAAAGCUCGAUUUUCUCUCAUUGCUCCUCAUUCUUUUCUUUCAUCCCGACUUGCAGGUAUACCGGGUGUUAAGACAUCGCUCCUUGAAGAGUUUGGUGUCCGCUUGGUCACAUAUGAUCUUCCUGGUUUUGGGGAGAGUGAUCCUCAUCCUAGUAGAAAUCUCAACUCAUCAGCAUUUGAUAUGCUACAUCUAGCUGAUGCUGUUGGUGUCAAUGAUAAGUUCUGGGUGUUGGGCCACUCAAGUGGAAGCAUGCAUGCUUGGGCUGCACUCAGAUAUGUUCCUCACAAAAUUGCUGGUGCUGCGAUGUUUGCUCCAAUAAUCAAUCCAUAUGAACCUAGCAUGACUAAGGAAGAAAUGAGAAGUAUUUGGGGUGAGUGGUUACCAAAAAGGAAAUUCAUGUAUUAUUUAGCUCAAAGAUUGCCAAAACUGCUGUCCAUUUUUUACCGCCGCAGUUUCCUCUCUGGUGAGCAUGGCCGAAUUGAUAAGUGGAUGUCUCUGUCACUUGGAAGGAGGGAUGAGAUUCUGACUGAAGGACCAACAUUUGAAGACUUCUGGCAUAGAGAUGUGGAGGAGUCAAUCCGUCAGGGAAAUACAAAACCAUUCAUUGAGGAAGCUGUCCUACAGGUUUCAAACUGGGGUUUCAGUUUGACUGAUCUUCAGGUGCAGAAGAAAUGUUACAGAAGUGGAAUUUUCCCUUGGCUCAGGUCCCUGUACAGUCAAGCAGAAUGCGAAUUGGCGGGAUUUCUGGGACCAAUACAUAUUUGGCAGGGGAUGGAUGACCAAGCAGUUCCACCAGCAAUGAUGGAUCAUAUAAUCCGGGUUCUACCAGGGGCCAUCAUUCAUAAGCUCCCAAAUGAAGGCCAUUUUUCCUAUUUAUUUUUCUGCGAUGAGUGCCAUCGGCAGAUAUUCUCUACUCUGUUUGGAAGCCCUCAAGGUCCUCUUGACCGGGCAAUGGACAAAGGUGAAAUCCCCUCCGAAGGAGAUAUGGAAGAGCAAUCAUUAGCUACUGAUUUUACCAACAAAUGAUACACCGCCAUAAAUUUACACUUUUUCCUUCUAUUUUCCCAAUUUUUGUGUAAAUACCACAGAUUGCUCCAUAAAGUUCAUUGUAGCACUUUAGAUGUCUCAAAAUUUCAGUCACAAGUACUUGGGAGAGUUGAGAGGUAAGGCUAAAAGACAACGUACUGGAGAGGUGAGAUAUUACAAGGCAGGGAGGCACUGAUCUUACCUAUUAACAAUUCUUCUGGCAUUUCCCCAUAUUCUAUGCUUGAAGAGUUGGUAAUCAAUAUUCAAUAUUGAAUGUGACAACUUUUUCUUACCAGAAAAGUGGGUAAUGCUAUGAUAAAACCUGGAUUAAAAACAGGGUUCCUGGUCUUAUCUCUGGUAAGCUAAGACCAAAAGACAUUUUUGUGGGAAACAGGGGUUGACAAAAGGUUUUCUUCUUGUACUGACAUGUUUCAGAAUCAUUCCUAGUGGGACAAGGCUUCUUGUGUUGGCAGGUGCCUCCACGUGCACAACCGUGGUUCGACUGGCAUGUGCACCUUACCGUUGCCUGUGCAUCGGAGGGUCAAGUUUGGUGGUUUGAGCUGCAUGUGCUUCUUCUGUACAUCAGACAUGUCCAUUCCUCGAAGGGGGCUAUGCCAAUUGAAAUCGAUGAAUCUUAACAAAACAAAAGACCAGCCAGUACAAAAGAACUAAUAAGAAAGGGUGACAAAUUCCCUGUUCUUAAAAACUGCAAUCCGUCCAUCUACCCUAAUCAAAAUGAGUAUUUAGUCCCAAUGCAAUGAUAUGAUUAAAUCAAGUCAAAAUGUUAACUUCGUUAAAAUUCUUCGUUGAUUUUAUUUUUAUUAGGUAGUUGAU